AUGACCCUUCCAUUGACCAAAGCCUUAAUCAAAGAAGUUGAUGUCAGGGGUGUGUUCAGAUAUUGCAACGACUAUCCUACUUCAAUCGAAAUGGUAUCAUCCGGUAGAGUAAAUGUGAAACCUUUGGUCACUCACCAUUAUACCUCAAGGCCUUCCACACAGCAAAGACUCAAGAAGGAGACCCCAUCAAGAGGAACAGUGUUAAAGGAACCCACUCCUCCACAUAGUCAUGCCCUUGACGAGGUAGCAGUUGAGGUGAAGAAGACUUUGGCAACCUUGAAAAGAAAGGCAGAUACUACAGAUCGAGCAACGAGUAGCCUCAUAACUCUAUGUACCAGUAACAUCACAGAUGCUACCUUAGCGGAUCUACCGAGUACUUCAGCUAUGAGCAGGAUGGUCCAGAGAACGAGAUCUACCAAAGAAGAUUACUUCACAGAUCCGGGUAUUUUUAAUCUUAUUCAAAGAGAGAAGCACAAUUUGGAAAGGUUUGUCCAGUUUGGGGCGUUGUUGUAUGUUAAAAAUUGGGUUAAAGCUACAAUCAGUGCAAAUGCUGCUAUAACUGAACUGAUCUUUUGGAAAGCAGCUGGAAAAUACGGUGUUAUUGACACUGAACUAUUACUACACAAAUACUACAAGUAUUACUAUAACAAAAGCCUUGAAACAUCACUUACAGUAUUUUCCAACAAAGUUAUUAAGAUGAAAGAAACUUGGAAUGUUAAAAAAAAUGCUCAUUUUAUUUGUAAUUUCUGCAAAACAAAAAUUGAAAUUGUCGACAAAAAAGAGAAUGAAAACCUGAAAAGGAAAAUCGCUAAUAUCGAUUCGAACUUUUCUAAACUUAUUACCGAACAAGUUACCAAAGCUAUCUUUUACCAAUUCCGAGAUGAGAUAACUCAAAAAUUAGAAUCCUGUUUUAAAGCUAUUCAAGGAAAGAUUAAAGACGCAAUUUCUACAAGUUCUUCAAAUAUAGCUGAACCUUCUUAUGCCAAUGCUGCUUCUCAAUCCAAGUUUAUUCUGCAGCCAAAAAACAAUAUUACUCAAAUCAGUUUCCACGACUAA